UCGUCGUUCAACUUCACCACUAUCUCCCAUUCGCCCUCGAUUUCGCACUCGUCAUUUUUGCCUGAAAUGAGCUUCAAAGCCAAAGACCUGCAAUGGGAUGACACUCAGCCCGCGUUCCUUCAACGGAUGAGAGCACAGCUCGCAGGUGAUGGCUCGGGUCGUCACGAUCGUCCUGUGGCCCGCAACAGGAAAGAAAAAGUGGACGAUGAAGACGACGCGCCUACUUACGUCAUGGAAGACACCAAUGAUUCAAUGACAAAAGCUGAAUACGAAGCUAUGGUGGCUAGGAAAGAGGCAGAGGAGGAAGAGUCUGCCAAAGACGUCGGCGAAACAAAAAUCACCGCGCCUGCUGCCGCAAAAAAAGACAACAUUGCAGAGGUGGGCAAAGCAUCGAAGAAGCGUAAGGCGGUCAAAGUGAUUGGCAACGAAGGCGAAGAAGAUGCGAACGACUCGAAGGAUCUGGGGAAAAAGGUGACGAAGAAGGCUAAGAAGAAAGGGAAACCCAUCAAACUAUCUUUCGGCGAUGAUGAAGGCUGA